GAAAAAAGGGCGUUAUUAAAAGACAUGAUCAGGAUCAUACAGGUAAUUAUUGUGAAUAUCAUGCGUUCAGCUCAGGUCUUCUGACUGAAUCUCUAGCCCUUUCCUUGUAGCUUAGGUCAGCUACUUUUGAGAAAAAGGUCAUUGCCCUGUGUGGACAGAGAGGAUCACAAGACUAAAAACCAGUUUCCUCCACUGAAAGUUAUAAGGACUUUGAUUUGUUUCAAGCUCCAGUUAAGCUUAACAGGUGAAAAGUCACAUAAAAUUUAAAAUGAAUUUAGGCUGAAAUACCAGAAGGGAGAUGAUAAAAACUCACUUUAGCUUUGCAACAAUCAGAAUGUUUCUAGAGGGGGGCAGGCAGCCCAUAUGGGGAGCUGCUGGUUGAGAGGUGGUGAGAGACCAUUAUCCGAGCCCACCCACUUCUGGAGGAAAGAGCCAGACUGCUCAGAGGUCAGUCUGUUCAACAAGGGGGACCCCAGGGCUUUCUGUAUGUUCAGCAAAGAGAGCCUCCAGUGACCACCUCAAAGGAUAGCUCCAUCCCCACUCCUGGCUCUGAUGAUGCCACCACUUGUCACAUUGUAGUCCUGAGGCACACAGGUAAUGGGCUACCUGCUUGAUACACUGUGAUGGAACCUACACCCAAACUAAGGCCCCUCGGUCAUGAACUCCAUAAAAUCCUUUCCCAAUCGCUCUCAGUGUGGAACCCUGGAAGUGAGCCUCGUAGGAGGCUUCAGGGACAAUGGGCAGUUGUCACAAAAAUGUACUCAUCAACUUCUUAGUGAAUUUGACAGACAGGAAGAUAACAUUCACCUAAUGACAUUAUAUGUGACAGAAUUAAAUGACCUGGAAGAAAAUGAAAAACACUUCCCAAUGAUUUAUGGCAUUGCUGUCAACACCGAAACUGCAGAGAUUCACAGUCUCCUUCCAGGAUUGCGGUCCGGAGGAGCUGCGAGCUGCACCAGCAGCGACUCAGCAGGAGGACUGGUGAUUCGUUCCUCCGAUGCGAAGACAGAGCAACUUCACACAAAACCUUAUUCUUGGAUGCCGUUUCCACAUGUGGAUUUCUGGUUGCAACAAAUACUGAAGAGCCUUUCCAUUUCACCUCUGGCUGACCCCCUCGCUCCCCACAUUGUGGAACAUAGUAGAUCUACCUGAUUUUUUUUUUAAAAACACACACUAUUUCCUGGAAAAUAAAGCUCUACCCUACAAACAAAUAAACAAACAAAAAGGAAAGCAUCUUUUCUCCAGCAAGUUAAAAAUAGGAAUUACCAACGAAAGCAAUUUUGGGGCAUGACAGAGACAACUGGUGGGAGUUGGACAGAAUAUGGUUUGGGAACUACAUCCAUUGAGUCUUAGUAUCUUUUAAAUGACUUUCAAAAUAAAAUCUUAUUUUGGCAAAGGAAAAUAAAAAGAAUGUUUCUAGAGUGAUCUACUCACUUUUGUCAGUGUACAAACAAUCCUAGUAAUAUUGACUGACAUAUAUUGAGUAGUUACUAUGUGACAGACAUUGCAUUUUUAACUAUUUAAUCCUUAAGUGUCAUUGACAAUCCAGAGGUAGUUUCGCCAAGAGAAAAGAUGGUGGUGGCGAUGGAGUUGGAGGUGGUGGGGUUGAGGAAGAGAGCUGAGGUCUGAAAGCUGGAGGUGGGAAGACUUAAAGAAAUUAUAUUUAUUUUCAAAUCCAAGCAGCACUAUCAUGUGAAAGAAAGAUGAGAGGUUCAUUGGUGGAAUCUUAGCUGCAAGAGAAGUUUCAAGAGUCAGAGUGACUGAGCUUCAGACUUGGGCUCAAUAAAGCUGAGUCACCUGACUGUUAAAAUUAUUCAAAAAUGCCAUGGGCUUUUCCCGAGGGAUUCAAGCUCACACAAAGGAAGCCUUUAAGCACUGCCUGAGUGAUCUUAUCUGUAAGGAAUAUUGUGGAGGGGAAUCCCUGCCCAGGGUAGAAUGACUCAGACAACUUCCUUCCAAGUCUACGAUUCUGUGACUGUUACAUUAGCCCAAGGGUAAAGGACUUUGGGGGUAAAGGACUCUUGGACAGCUAUCAGCAGUCUGCGCAAUGCACCCGUCAUUGGCGCCUGGAAUCUUGCUGCCUCUUGUGGAGCCUCCACGUAGUGAAAAGGGGCAGAGCUACUUCUUGGGCAGUUCCCACAAAGCCAGGCCUUUCUAGGUCCCCUUUUCCUUGUCUCCCUCCAGCCUGCUGGCCACAGCAAUGCCCCAUGAUUCCAGUUCAUCUUGCUUCUACAGAAGUCUCUGGUAAAAUGUUAAUUUAGUCAGUCUGAUUGUUAUUAAAUC